GCCCCCGGGCCCCACCCCUCAAGCUAGGCUGAGCUGUGCCUACGUCGGCCUCGACUCCCGGGGGCUGGAGGAGUUACCUUUGGAGCCCGAAAGGAGGAAGGAAGCAAAAUAUCAACAACGCCGAGGCGGCUCGGGCGCUCGGCCCCGGUCCCCCCUUCCCGCCGCGCGCCUGCCCGCCCCCGCGCCCACGGCGGGGGCCCAGGCCCCCCGGCGCCGCCCAGGGCCCGCGCGGACGCCGGCCUCAUUUGUUAUUCCCCCCCGCCCGGAGCUGCGGCUGCCCGGCGUUGAAGAUCCCCCGGACCGGGGGCGAGGGCCACCCCUCCCAGCCGUGACACCCCUUUCCCCCAGCGGGGCCGGACGCUGUGCAGAAGCUGUCCUGCAGACCAUGAACUGAGCCCUGGUCCCAGGCCGUUCAUGAGCACAGUGUGAGGCGCGCCCAGACCCGCCACCCAGCGAUCCCUGCCCCCAGCACUGAGGAUCCCCGGAGAAGAUGGGGAGGAAAAAGAUUCAGAUCCAGCGGAUCACUGAUGAGCGGAACCGACAGGUGACAUUCACCAAGCGUAAGUUCGGGCUGAUGAAGAAGGCGUACGAGCUGAGCGUGCUCUGUGACUGCGAGAUCGCGCUCAUCAUCUUCAACCACUCCAACAAGCUGUUCCAGUACGCCAGCACCGACAUGGACAAGGUCCUGCUCAAGUACACCGAGUACAACGAGCCGCACGAGAGCCGCACCAACGCCGACAUCAUCGAGGCGCUGCACAAGAAGCACAGGGAGUGUGAGAGCCCCGAGGCGGACGAGGUGUUUGCCCUGACCCCCCAGACGGAGGAGAAGUAUAAAAAGAUAGACGAGGAAUUUGAUAAAAUGAUGCAGAGUUAUAGACUGGCCUCCGCUGUGCCGGCCCCCAACUUCGCCAUGCCCGUCACGGUGCCUGUGUCCAGUCAGAGCUCCCUGCAGUUCAGCAAUCCCAGCGGCUCUCUGGUCACCCCUUCCUUGGUGACGUCAUCCCUCACGGACCCGCGGCUCCUGUCCCCCCAGCAGCCAGCGCUGCAGAGGAACAGCGUGUCCCCGGGCCUGCCCCAGCGGCCGGCCAGCGCAGGGGCCAUGCUGGGGGGCGACCUCAACAGUGCUAACGGAGCCUGCCCCAGCCCUGUCGGGAAUGGCUAUGUCAGUGCUCGGGCUUCUCCUGGGCUCCUGCCCGUGGCCAACGGCAGCACUCUGAACAAGGGCAUCCCUGCCAAGUCUCCACCUCCGCCCACCCACGGCGCCCAGCUCGGAGCCCCCAGUCGCAAGCCUGACCUGAGGGUCAUCACCUCCCAGGGAGGAAAGGGGUUGAUGCAUCAUCUGACGGAGGACCACUUAGAUCUGAACAAUGCCCAGCGCCUCGGGGCCUCCCAGUCCACCCACUCGCUCACCACGCCAGUGGUUUCCGUGGCAACGCCCAGUUUACUCAGCCAGGGCCUCCCCUUCUCCUCCAUGCCCACUGCCUACAACACAGCAGAUUACCAGCUGAGCAGCGCCGAGCUCUCCUCCCUCCCGACCUUCAGCUCGCCCGGGGGGCUGUCACUAGGCAGCGUCACGGCCUGGCCGCAGCCCACGCAGCCUGCGCAGCCGCCCCAGCCGCAGCCGCCCCAGCAGCCGCCGCAGCCGCCGCCCCAGCCGCCCCAGCAGCCGCCACAGCAGCCCCAGCCGCAGCCCCAUCUGGUCCCCGUGUCUCUCAGCAGCCUGAUCCCGGGCAGCCCGCUGCCCCACGUGGGGGCCGCCCUCACAGUCACCACCCACCCCCACAUCAGCAUCAAGUCGGAGCCGGUGUCCCCCAGCCGGGAGCGCAGCCCCGCACCGCCCCCGCCAGCCGUGUUCCCGGCCGCCCGCCCCGAGCCUGGCGACGGCCUCAGCAGCCCGGCCAGCGGCUCCUACGAGACCGGGGACCGGGACGACGGACGGGGGGACUUCGGGCCCACGCUGGGCCUGCUGCGCCCGGCCCAGGAGCCCGAGGCCGAGGGCCCCGCUGUGAAGAGGAUGCGGCUGGACACCUGGACAUUAAAGUGACGAUCCCCACCCCCUCCUCGGCCUCCCUGACGAAGAGCUGACAAUCUCACCGCCCACCCCUCCCUGCCCUGGGCUCCUCCCGCUCGACCCCCACUUCCUUUUGUGCUCCGUGUCCUGUUGACGGUUACGUUUGUGUAUAAUUAUUAUAUUAUUAUUAUUAUUAUUAUAUUUUUUUUAAUUUGGAUUCUCGCUUUGGAGAGGAGGACGGUCCCGCCCCCUCUUCCUGCACCCCCCGCCAUUUCACUGGUUGGGGGGGCUGGGUUUUUGCGGGAAGGGGGGGACACUUUGCACGUUGUACACAUAUGCUGCAGGAGGGGUGGGAGCCCGAUGGGCCUCUGGGACAGGACAGGUGCCGAGCCCUGCAUGCGGAGCCCUCCCACCCCGUCCCCCCAGACAGAGGGAAAUAACCAAAAAACCUACCAAACGACAAAACCCCUUACAAUAGACUGAAACCCCAAAGUCAGCCUGUUGGGUGGGUUUAUGUUUCGGGGGGAGGCGAGGCACAGGUUCUGGAAAGGGUCUCUGCGCCUGGGCUCUUCCCAUGGCCUCAGGCACCUGGGGCAGAGCACCCCCGCCUGGCCCCCGGCACCCCUGCACGCACACAGCACGUACCCCCGAGGUGUGGGGGUACUGGCCGAGCUUCUGGCCUGGGAUUCUGAGGCUGGGGGCAGGGUUUGAGGUGGGGACCCCUUGGAAGCACAUUUGGAGAGAAAGAUGGAGAGCCAUGAGGAGGGGCCGAGAGCUGGGGUGAGGGUGAACCGGGGCCCCUCCCCUCCCUCGAGGUUUCUCCGCGAUGUAGUGCAAUAGCUCUCCGUCCCUCCGGCAGCAGCCCCAGAAAACAGGCCGGAAAGUGCAGGGGGGAUGGGGAGGGGGUGCUCCGGUGAGGGGCUCGGCGUGCUGGGCAGGGGUGUGGGGGCUCGCUUUUCCUUGCACGGACCUUCCCGCAGGAGGGACACUGGGCUGGCGUGACGGUGGGAGGCCACCUCCCUCCUCGGGUCCUGGGCCCUCCCCAGUACCCCCCCCCACAUCCUCCCGCCCCCAACCCCACCUCCCUGCUCUGGGCGUCCUCCUGGUCGGCUACCUCCUGUCCCACGCCCCCGGCCGCAGCCCACCUUCCCUCUUGGCUACUGUAAUUGUAAAUAGCAACCUUUGGAAAACGUUAGCCGUGUAACAGUCCAGGAAACUGGUUUUUUUGUUGUUGUUGUAUUGAUAUGAAAUGAGAUUCUAUUUUUGUCAAAGUAUAUUGUAAUAAUAAUGACUCAAGCGGCCCGUACUGUACAGAUGAGACUCCUCGCUGUUCUUGUUCCCUGAGCCCGCCCCCUCUGCCGGGACCUCAGGCUGGAGCCCAGACCAGACUGGAGGGGGCUGGGCCCCGCGGGCAGGUGGCUGUGCAGGCCAGCGGGGCGUGUGGCCCAGUCCUUCCCCUGCACGCCGCUCCCUGGGGCGUCAUCCCAGUGGGACAGUAGACGACAGACAGGGCCCACCUUUGCAGUCCUGCCUCUGGGACUCAGCCGUUUGCAGUAUUCUGACACUUGACGCAGGGAAGGAACCAGAAGCAGGGGUGUGUGUGACUGCACGUGACCCUGAGCGUGUGCGAGGCCGUCCGGAGUGUGUGUGUGUGUGUGUGUGUGUGUGUGUGUGUGGGCGUGGACAAACCCGUGUGUGUCUUUGAGCCCAUCCGGGCCAGUCCACGACCGCGAGGCGAGCUCCGAGGGCAUGUCCCGUGCGCGAGCCUGGCGUCUGUAGAGGGAUAGGAGCUCGCCGUGCUGCGCGACCCUGGCUGCCGGCUCCACGCCUCUCCGGCUGGGUCCCUGCCACCACCCCGGCCCCUGCUCCGUCCGCCCUCGGCUUUGACAGGUCGGGACCACCGUUGUGGGGAGCCUGCGGUCGCCCCCUUGCUUCGCCCCUGGGGCCCCGGCUCUCCUGGGCUCCAAGCACGAGUGGCCAUCUGGCCCCUGGCCCUUUGCACACAUGCAGCUGCCCUUCCUGCUCCUCCCCUGCCCCCACCCUGCUUUCAGGGCCCCACUCAUGUUCCUCUUCCUUCUGGAAGCUGCUUCUUUGUCUGGGCCAUGACCCUCCCUUACUCAGAGUUGAAACCCCAGCUGCCGACUGGGUACACAGCAUGUCCCGGCCUUCUCCGUGGGUUCCUGGAGGGAGUUUGAGGAGUCGAGGGGCCUGGAGCAGGGCCUUGAACUACACUAGGGUAUAGUCUUGCGCGUCCGUCCGCAGAGCCUUUUCCGGCGUCUGGCACGUAGUCGGCGCGGUAAAUGCUGAACGUGUGAGCGACAGGUGCGCAGUACAGCCUGAGCGGCACGGUCCCUCCGCAGGCCGGUCCUGCCGGCUGUCCGCCCACCUUUGGAAGCUGGGCCCGACCACCACUAGACACAGGGGGGCGGGACGAGAGCCCCUGUGGUUCACGGUGCAAUAAUCACCAGUUUUGCCCUCUGCCUUGUGAUGGCAAACCUGGCUUCUGAUUACCAUGUGAGCGUGUGCGUGUGCGUGUCUUCUCUCUCCCGGGGGGCAGGGUAGGUCUGUGAAUGAACAUGUGACAUUUCUGCAAUUCAGUAUCCCAAGGUUUCUCUUGGGGGCAGGGGCUCCUGGCUGGCCAGACGCGUGGGUCCCUCAAGGGGGGCUUCAUUUCUUCCUCUCACAAAG